AAUUGGGAGCGUGCUCUGGGUGUCUUGUCACAGGAGGCAAAAGAUUUCUUUAACCCUCGCCAGUGAAAUCCAGCAAUCAGUCUUUGAUGAUUACAGUUUUUCCUUUGAAUAGCAGCCAGACCCAAGAGUGUCUGAUAAGCAGAUGGGAGGCUGGUCUUGCAAAGUGAAGCCACGGUUCGACCCCACGACAGGUCAUUGGUAAUCGGCAGCACUAGCCCGGACAGGGGGAGUGCAGCAAAGAGGGGCUGAAUGGUCCCAGCAAUUGGAAAUACACCGAGCUCGACGCUAGUCUCAGGGAAUCACGUUCUAACCUCCUGUGUGAACGCCUGAUGUGCCUUUUCUCAAGAAAGCUGGAGAAAAAUAAAGAAAACAGACACCCAAAAGGAUAACUUGUACGGUCAGCCAAAACAAGAAAUCCUAAUUUCUCUGCUGCAUUUCAAGAAUCUCGCUGACUGAUAUGCUCCUCUUGUUUAAGGAGACAGCGUGCAUCUGUGCGCUUUCUCUUUUCCUAAUUAUAGGGCUCUUCACACAGUUUAAUUACAGGUCACAGGUCACCUACCCCAAAGAAAGGCAAAUACAUGUCAGUGAAAAGAAAGCUGGUGACAGAGGUUGCGACAAGUGCGCUUACAGUCAGGUGGCAAAUUUCUGGGAUAAGAAUGUGACAGAGUGUGCAAGGCUUUACAAGGAGAUUGCAUCAUCUCCCGCUAAAAGACAGACUGAAGACCUUCUUAAAAAUAUCACCGAGAUUUGGCAUUGCCAGUGGCAAAAGCAGGAGCUAGCAGUUGAAGAAUUCAGAUCAGAACUGAAGCAAUGCUGUAACUGUACUUACAACUUUGUGGUCACUCAAAAGAACACGCCGUUGGGGACUGAGCUAACUUAUGAAGUGGAACCCAAAAGGAAGAUAAAAAUUACUCCACAGAUUUUCGCACUGUUUCCCAAGAAUAUGUCCUUUAGCAACCUGCAACACAAACGAUGUGCAGUCGUAGGCAAUGGAGGGAACUUGGUUAACAGCAGUUGUGGGGCUGAAAUCGAUCGGGCCGAUUUUGUUUUCCGGUGCAACCUCCCUCCAGUGGGUGGGAAGUUUACCCAAGAUGUUGGAAUAAAAACUAAUUUGGUGACGGCAAAUCCAAGCAUCAUUACAAAUAGGUUGAGGAGAAUGGAAGUCGCAGGUGAGUUAUUGAAACAAAUUCCCUGUGAUUAUCCAGGUUGUUUGGCUACGUUUACCAGAAGGUGGAAGUUGGAGGAGCACCUUAGUGUACAUACAGGGCAGAAGCCUUACAAGUGUGAUCAGGGAGAAUGUCAAAAGACUUUUACUCGCAAAUCUCACCUACAAAGACAUGUGUGUCAACACUUGGGACAGAAGAAAUUCCGAUGUAUAGCUGAUGGUUGCACAGAAGCAUUUGUUAAUAAUAAUCGUUUGAAGAAACACAUGAUCUAUCAGCAUGGAAACAAAGAAUACUUCAAGUGUUCUUCUGAAGCUUGUGGGAAAACAUUCAAGAAAAAUCGUGACUUGAAGACCCACUGUUAUGAGCACGUCAAAGAGCCUGCUUUUGAGUGCCAGAAGGAGGGGUGCAAAAUGAAGUUCAAGACACCAAAUGAACGCAAAGUGCACGAAAGAAAACACAAUGGAUAUCCUUGUGGUUUUGAAGAAUGUCAGCUUGUUGCUACCACAUGGACACAACUACAGAAACAUCGGAAAAUUCAUCCAAGUUCAGUUGAACACUGUUGUGCUAAUUGUGAAAAGAAAUUCAAACACAUUCGUGCCCUACGUAGACACAAACUGAUCCAUAGGGCUCAGAACUCUGGGUGGACGUGCCCAAUGGACAACUGUGACCUGAAUUUCAGAACUGGCUUUAACUUGGAACAUCACAUCCGAAAAGAUCACUUCAAGUUAUUGGAAUACAAAUGUUACUUUCCAGACUGCCAAAAGGCCUUUGCAAUGAAGGAGAGUCUUAACCGUCAUCUUGUGGUGCAUGAUCCUGACCGGAAAAAACUAAAUAUCAAUCAUGAAUGUAGACAAAAAUGGCAUCCAGGCCAGAGGAACCUGGUGAUCGAGGAGAAACUGACCAGACUCUUCAAUGAGAAGCAAAUUUUCAGAACAAAAAGUAAAAUAGAGUGUGACCUCUCUGGUCUCUUUAAUGAGCGUAAAAUUACACAUCCUGUGAAUACUGAAGCUUAUCUUUCUCAGCUAUUUGAAAACCAACUGCUUUUACCAGGAAAAUAGUUUCUUUUUUUUUAAUUUGCAACCGAGUUUUAUUUGAGGUUUGAUCAUGCCUAACUCUUUUAGGUUCUCAAGUUUGGUAUUUUGAUUUGGAAGUUUAGCAUGUUUUUUCAAAGUGAUAGACUCACUUGGAACUUUAGUCUUAUUCUUGAAAAUGUUCAAGUUUGCCUUAAGCAUGUAACUUCAAUGGUUUUUGGGUGCCCCUCCACCUCCAUUACCCUAAGCAAUCUCUAGACUAAGAUGCAAGCCAAGUUCCUAGCAUUUUGUUCUAAAUUGUAAAACUUUAAGCUGGAUUAUUCUGGCAAUUUUGUUUCUGAGCAAAAAAACGAAUCCAGUAUGGACCAAUGCUCUGAAAUGUAGUUUGCUGUUUGGCUUAGAUUUUUUCUUUCAUGAUUAGAGAUACAUGGCCCUUUUCUGGAAGUAUGUUACAUGAUGAAUACUUCCAGGUGUAAUUUUAAGUUUCAAAACUCGUGGAUGGCAUGCAUUAAUUCAUUUAUUCACCUUUUGGAGGUGGUGGGUCACUCAAUUAAUAAUCUCAAUUUGUGAAUCAAGUUGGAGUGCUGUCAAAUGUUUGAGCCAAGGUUGGCUUGGUUUGAUUUAUUGGAAUUCAAAACCUGGAAAUGUGGUGUUUUAGUAAAUGCAUAAACUUUAAAGUUUGGUUGUUUUAUUUAACCAACUACCAUAAACAUCCAUAAAUUUGACUUUGCCUUCCAGUCUGUCCCAUGGCAUUGUGACUCCAUUAUUAUGAAAUGAACACCAGGCUACAAACUGAAAGCUGCAACACUCCAGCACCAUAUUUUACUGUUGCCCCAGGAAUUUUUCUAACUUGUACCAAGUCAGGAUUUUCAUUAAUUUGAAACUUUCAAAUUUGGGUCAUGGCCUUUUUCACUUGGAUUUUGAAGAAAACUCUCAAUUUAAAGGGGCUAACUCCAAUGUUGCAGUAGUUUGGUGUAUGUUAAAACACUUC